UGACCACCAUGUCGAACUACGCGCCGAGUGACGAGGGCUCGUUACCUCAGCCUUCCUCCGACUCCUUCUGGGAGGUCGGGAACUACAAGACCACGGUGAAGCGUAUGGAGGACGGGUACCGCCUGUGUAACGAACUCAUGACGAUGGUCAAGGAGCGAUGUGAGAUUGAGAAAUCCUAUGCAAAGGCACUCAAGCAUUGGGCCAAGAAAUGGAACAAGUCUGUUGAAGAAGGUCCAGAGUAUGGCACCAUGGCUUCAGGGUGGAAGAGCUUCUGUACUGAAGCAGAGAGAGUUCACGACUUGCACAUGGAGGUUCGUGACAAGCUCAUCUCAGACAUUCAGGAGGAGGUGGCCACCUGGCAGAAGGAGAAUUACAAGAAGUUGAUGAUGACAGGCUUCAAGGAGACAAAAGAAGCAGACGAUGCAUUCAGAAAGGCACAGAAACCAUGGGCCAAAAUGCUACAAAGGGUAAACCAAUCAAAGAAAGCGUACCACACAGCCUGUCGGAAUGAGAAGACUGCCAUCAACGCAGAGAACAACGGCAAGAAGGACACCUCCAUCUCACCUGACAAGGUCAAGGCUCUCCGAGAGAGAGUGGAAAAAUGUAAAGCUGAGACAACAAAGACAAAAGACAAGUAUGACAAAGCCCUACAGGAGAUCAACGGGUACAAUGCCAAGUACAUGGAGGACAUGACCCUGCAGUUUCAGAAGUGCCAGGAGUUUGAAGAAAAACGACUUCAGUUCUUCAAACAGACACUGCUUAAUAUGCACCAAUGUCUAGACUUGUCGGUAGAACAAAGAUUUCCUCAGAUUUACACAGACUUGCAGCAGUCUAUAGUCAAGGUGGAGUCUGGACAGGACCUCAAAUGGUGGGCCAAAAACCAUGGAACAGAGAUGGGCAUGAACUGGCCACAGUUUGAGGAAUACAACCCAGAGCUGCGUGCCAUCACCAAGAAGAGUAAGAAGAACGUGGCAAACGAAGGGAUCACCAUGACAAACAUCACCCCUCUGACAGAGAACUACCAGCCCAACUCCUACCACCACCAACAGGCUCAGGAUUCACAGAAUUCGUCUGGUUCAGUUGAUGAUUAUGAUGAUUCCAAGAACCCUUUUGCGGAAGAUGACAACCCAACAAGUAAAGCCUCUUCACGCCCGACAAGUAACACCAGCAACACAGCUGAGUGGAGUGAUGAGGACGAGGCCAACCCCUUCACAAAUGGCGGGGGUGGCGGUGGGACGGGAGACGCAGAAGUCGGGGUUCCAGUACGGGCGCUGUACGACUACGAGGGUCAGGAGGACGACGAACUGACUUUCAAAGCAGGUGACCUCCUGACCAAGCUGGAGGAUGAGGAUGAACAGGGUUGGUGUAAAGGAAAGUUCCGCGGGCGCUUUGGCUUGUACCCGGCCAACUACGUGGAACCGGUAUAAACAACGUGAAGGUGCAGACGGCCCCUGGAUUUCCCAGCAGGCCUUGUGCUCCCAGAGACGUAGUAGCGGAGAUACGAACGUAGUCCCCCGAUUAUAUACAGUGAUGGUUAUCCAAGUUAUGUUACUGCGAUACCAGGGUGGGAACAUUGUAUGUACAGCGUGUGGAUGGAAAAUAGAUAUGUUCUAUGUAUACAGGACACUUACUGUGUAUAUGUCUGGGGAUGGAUACUACCUAUAUGCAUGUUAAGCAAAAUACAGUAAUUUUCUAUGACAUGAUAUAUCAAAUGUCAUAGGCAGAUGGUAGUGUGUACAAUACUGAAAGGAAGGAUGGGCGCUGAAUGUAUAUUUGGUAAACUGGUGACACAGUAAAUUCUCCUUUACACAGUUAGUAUGGACAAACAUACUGUAAAAUGUGCUGCAUGUUUAUAUAACAGUAUAAACACCGGAGUAACCCCAAAUUGUCCAGAUAUCUGGCCCUUAUAGAUGCAGGUGUACCUUAUUACCGAUAGACAAUAGUACAGUCUAUACCAACAAAGAGCAUGUCUAACUUCAUGUCUACUGAUUUUUGUAUGGCUCGACUAGACAUGUUCAGAUGGCUGUUGACUUUUUUCAACAAGAUAGUUAAAGAUAAACAAUAGUUGUACUGAAAACGGCAUAUCUUUGCAUAUAUUUAAUGUUUCAGAAAAGGCACCACAAGUCAAGGGUGUAAAAGUUACUGAACCUUCAUACUUAUUACUAUGAAAGACAUUUAUUGGAAAAGGUUGAUGGCAUCAUGUACAAUUUUCUUGUUGAGACUUUGGUAUUGAGAAGAGAACAUAUGAAUUAUGUAUGUUAUAGAAGUCUUUUUUGCCAACUUUGGUAGUUAGCAUUACUCAUUACUUUACUUAUGGUAGUUAAUACAACAGUUGAGUAUUUACUCUUGUGCUAGCAGUGUCUGUGCUUCGCUAUGCAAAUUAUUACCUAAUUAUCAUAUAUACAUGUCAUAAGUUAUUUAGAGCCAGUAACUACGUAUAUAACUUGUACAUGCAUGUAUAGUUUGGUCAUGUACUCUUCUGUGUUUGGUUAGAUUGAUGAUAAUGAAAAUCUAUUCAGAUUCUUUUAAUCAUUUCAAAGAGGUUUUUGUGUUGGGAUCUGUUUGGUUAGUUUGGCAGUGCAAGGUCUAAAGAGUAAUUGAAAAAUUGCCAAAAAGGAGAUAAUAAUGCAAAAGAUAUGAGGUACAUGUAUGUGUAUAGAUAACUGACUUUCCAGACAGGGAAAUAGCGUGAUUAACUGUGGUACAUGUACUUCGGCAAAUUUCAGUCUUGACAUUUACUUGCAGUGAAACAACUAAUUGAAUAAGUUAGGCCCCGGUUAAAUUUGUAAAACUAGUGUAAAUGUUAUAACAUUCAUGCAUAUGAGGUCACUUGCAUGAUUGAUGAAUAACUUACAAUAACACGUACGUGGACCUGAUAUUAUGUAACUGAACCUCACAUUUUAUACUGUGCCAUCAGUAGAAAGGUUAGCUAAUUUGAGAAACAAACAACAUUUACUUCAUAUUUGGGUGCUCAAUCUAGGGGAAGCCAUUCAUACCUUAGCAUGAUUUUUUUUUCAAUUCUACAAUCUGUAUGUCCUUGGGAAACAGAAGACAUUAUGGUGUUCAUAUUUGACAUGAUUUCAUGUGUUACUAGUAUCUGUGGCUUAUAGUGACCAUGAUUUCAUUGUUAUAUUGAUGUGUGGAUACAUGUAUUUGUGGCAGGGUGUUGGGCACUAUGUGCCUUUUGUACUUGUUCAAAACUUACACAAGUAAGAGCCACCUCACAGUCCCAAGUAUGCAUGUACAGCUGUAAUGCAUUGUGGUCUAAGGUCAGAGUUAAAGCCCUUCUACUGUUGAAGACUAGACAUUUUCACCACUUAGCUUCCCAUUCUUCCAACCUCCAUCCACCAUUUUUACACCUUUACACUACCGUUUUCCCAAGCGGUAUCCUUUGAGUCUGUUUCCUAAUCUGAAAUGUUCACAACGACAAAUCAGGACACCACAGAAGGUACCAAAAUACAGCCCUCAUGUAGUGUACUGGCCACUUGGGCACUUCUGAUGGGCCUUAACCUCUGACCUUACCCACAAUCCAUGGCAGCACUGGAACUGUGGGAUGGCUAAUACAAAUGUAAUACUUGUAUCCACCUUCCAUGUGUAUGAAGUAUCAUAAUGACAUGUAAUGUAGCUAACUUUAAAUCAUAUGAUUUUCCAAGUUCACAAAUAAUUCAACCAUACAAUCUUCCAACCUCAAAGAUUAUCUAAAUCACACAAUUUUCAAGCUUGCACGAUCAAUGAUAUCAACAAGUAUUUAAUUUGAUUGUGAAAUGCUAACUUGCCUAUUUGAUUUAUGUUGAUUUUUUUCUUCCAAACGGUAUUCUUCCAUCUGUGUAUAUUUUCAUUUUGGUUUGAUUGAGUGUGCUAUCUUCCUUUGUAUAUGAACAUUCAUUUACAUUAUAUAUACAGCUCUAUUUA